AUCGAACGUCUGACUUCAGAAUGCGGACACUCUUGCUAUGUGCCCUUUUAGGGCUGACAAUGGCGCGAGACGACGACUGGCAGCCGAUAGUUCCUGAAGCAUCGUCGUCAUAUUCGACCUACGUGAAAUCUUCUGAAAGAUCCUUGGAAUCUAGCUCGCCGUUGAAAAUUUUGAACAGACGGCCACUUCCAUCAUACAACAAUAAGCUGAGUUUGCACCAUGCAGCACCGCCUUCUGACACGUGUAGUUUGUACAAGGUUUCUUUGAAUCAGGAACUUUUGAACCAGUACGUCGAAUAUCAGAAAGACUUACCUAAUCUGAAGGAAUUCACACUGUGUAUGUGGACCAAGUUUCAUAAUCACUCACAGGAUCAUCCCUUGUUUUCUUAUUCGGUUGGUGAAAGCCCCAGAGAGAUAUCAUCGUGGGUUUCCAAUACAAACGAGGCGAGUUACUUCAGCAUGGCUGUACAUGGUCAGACUUUCUUCAGACUUAACUAUCCGCUUAAACUCAACACAUGGUACCACUCCUGUCAGUCAUGGAAUGGUAAGACUGGUGAAUGGCAGAUAUGGGUUAACGCUGAGCGCGUCGGAAGAGGUUUCCACAAUAGGCUCGUUGGACAUAUUAUUAAAGGUGGUGGUAUUUCCGUGAGCGGUCAAGAACAAUCUAUGCUGUACAAAAAAGAUCCUCUGGACCCAAUUAAACAACCUGGUCUGGUUGGUGAAAUAACAAUGUUGCAACUGUACCAUGUUGCACUGACUGCCGGAAAAGCUCAUAAAGAUCACAAACAUCACCACGCUCAUCACUUUAAGCAUGACGGUACUCCUAUUGAGAGUGCCACUGAAGCUGUUACCGAACCACCACCACCUGAAUCCACACCAUUAGGCAAUGGAAAUUUUCUCAUUGGCGGUCAAUUAAUGCGAGCACCUGUGCUCAAUUUGGCUGGCCCCCAACAACAGAUGAUUCCCGUACAACUUCCAAACGGUCUCCAGCUACAACAAGAGUACGUCAAUGGUCAGUUGGGUAGCAGAGUCGUUUCUGAGCAGCUCCUGAACAGUGUACAGCAAUCCCCAAGUGAACAAAUCCCGCCAAUUUCCUUAGUCUCACUCUCCGGUUCCAUAUCUCCGUCAACUUCGCCAAUUGGGUCUUUUUCGUCAAGGCCUUCUAAGAAUAGAGUUGUUUUAUCUAGCUCCUUAUUAAAUCCGGCAAAUGUGCAGUAUAUUGAUGAUACAGCUGGACACAAUUUAUUCAAGAGAAAUUCUCAGAAGCGGGAUAAGAGAGAUAAUCCUGAGAAGGAGUUAAAGCAAGAGUCUACUUCAGGCAAAAAGGAUAAACGAGGUCUCGUGAUGCUAACAGAUGGAUCCGUCGUAGAUGAAUCCUUGCUAAGCCCAGACCUGACUGAUGACGAAGACGAUACUAUGUACCAACAGUCUCUGUUGAGUGGUUUGGCGGGAGUCGUUGGAAAUGUUCCGGUUCAAAACUUACAAAAACAAGCGGGCGAUGAACGCGAACCAGCAGAAGCUGAAGUCAAAGCAGUCAUGCAAGUAUGUAGUGGCUGCGCUCCUGAACCCUUUAAGAAGGCUCUUGUCCUUUCAUGGAGAUCAACACCCAAAAAACUUUACAGUGGUGCACACUAUUAUAAAGGUUUACCAAUUUGUAGAGCGUUCUAAUAGCACGCUUUAAUAAAUUAACGAAGCAUUCUAAAUGUGUCUAACAAGGUCAAUUAGCCUAUUCGUAUUAUAAUUUUACAUAUAAUAUAAUAAGGACGGCGAGGAAGGCGACGCUGUGAUUUAAGAAACCACAUAUUUAGAAGAUAAAUUGUUAUCAUGAACAAUUUUAAUAGUACUAGUACCUAGGAAUAGUAUGUAAGAAAUAUCAUUUCUGCCUUUUCGCCAUCUAUCGCAUACUGCGCUAAAAUAACUUUCAUGAAUUGAAUAUACUUCUUUAUUGUUUAUUUUGUUAACUGAAUUUAGGGUCUGCUAGAUUUUAAAUUAAGGGUUAGCACUCACUUGUCACGUGCGGUUCAACCCUUAGGUCGUAUCAAUAUGGAUUCACCACUGUCUAUUAUCGAUUGUAAAAAGUCAUUUGCUUUCAUCUUUGUCAUACUUGUCAUUUAUUUUGUGAGUUAUUUAUUUUUAAUCUUAAGUGUCUCUUCAAAGUGGUUAUGGCCAUUUUAUUUAAUGUACAUUUUAAGGUAAUUUUACCGAUUUUGUUACCAUUAAAAAAAUAUAAUUUAGAAUAAUUGUUACUUUUUAUUAAUGUUACAUGCAACCUGAAUUACGUUACUUUACUACCGU